AAAACUUGUUUUCGCGAGAAAACUUGUGAGGAAGCAUUCGGAAUGAGUAUUUUGAUUGCAAAAUUGUCAUUUAAAUAGAUAAGAAACCGUGAAUCUGUGAAUUGUUUCAGUGGUGUUAUUGUAUACAGCUUAGUAAAAGGAAACCCAAAUUCCAAGUGGAGCUGUUAAAGAGACUGCUAGCCAUGGCGGGCCCGUCCGACGGGGAUCCCGACGGAUGGGUCGAGUUCUGUGAGCGUCAGGCCAAAGCCGCCGCUCCGGAAUUCGCCAGGGCUGCGUAUUGGAAAUACGUUCAGAGUAGUGCCACAGACCCCACCUCCCGACCCAGCGUAUCCCACAAAGAUCUUCUAAAGAAAUUUGUUGACAGUUUUUCCGACCAGUUCGAGAUAGAAAUUGGUAAACUAAAAGCGCAACACAAGGUCCCGAACGGGACGCACACAGGACACGAUGAAAGCGAUUAUUCAGAGGACACCGACUCGCCCAAGACACAGCACAAGCCAUUCUUCAGAAGAUUAUCAUUUAAAGGACUUAGAAGAGGGAAAGGUCUGUUUCACAAACAGCAUUCGGACGAGGUUGAAUUAUCGUCUAAUUUGAACAAACAGAGUAAGACUAAGCUAGCCAAAAUAGUAGUAGAAUGUAGGAAAGAAGGUUUGGUUAAUUAUUUAACUCCUGAAAGUCUGGAGCAGCCCUCCGGUCCGCAAAAAUGGGAGAAAUGCAGACUAGCACUAGUGAAAACUGUUGGGGGUUAUAUGUUAGAAUUUUACUCCCCACCGAAAGCUCAGAAGCCCAGGAGUGGAGUGUUCUGUUUUCUCAUAUCAGAGGCGAGAGAAACUACAGCUUUAGAAAUGCCGGACCAUGAAAAUACUUUUGUAUUGAAGGCCGACAACAACAUGGAGUAUGUAAUAGAAGCUGCCGAUGUAGACGACAUGAAGUCCUGGCUAGCCACAAUCAAGUACUGCAUGCGAUCAGCACCCACGACGCAACCGCCACCUGACGCGCUACCCGGCCUACCUGAACCGGCGCCGCCUGAUCUGCCGCCGAGAAGAGAUCUACCUGCUAGCACUAGUAAUGCUGACUUAGCUACUGAUACUCCUGAAGAGGCUGAAUUAGGUUCAAUAGCAGAAGAAGCGUGCACGGCGCGCGUGUCGCUGGCGGAGUGGCCGUGGUUCCACGGCACGCUGGCGCGCGCGGCGGCGGCGGCCGGCGUGCUGGCGGGCGGCGCCGCCGCGCACGGCUGCUACCUCGUGCGCCAGUCCGAGACCAGGCAGGGGGAAUACGUGCUUACGUUUAAUUUCCAGGGCCGCGCCAAACACCUGCGUAUGACGCUUAGCGAGACCGGCCAGUGCCGGGUCCAGCACCUCUGGUUCCCCAACGUCCACGACAUGCUGGAGCACUUCCGGGCGCACCCCAUCCCGCUGGAGUCCGGCGGCGCGGCCGACGUCACGCUCACGGAGUACGUGGUCAGCGCCGCCAGCGACAACCGACAACUGGGCGUAACGCACGGGAGCGACGUGAGGAUGCGCCGGGCGGAGCUGGAAGCCCUGCUGGUCGCCAGCGGAGCGCCACACGACCGCGCCGUCGACAAUCAAUAUAGCUUCGUGUAAAAUUCGGACAGACAAGGAACACCAUUUUAUAUUAUAUUACACAUGUAUACGCUCCCCGUUUAAAUCUAGUAAAUAUUAUCCCUAUAAACGCCAAAGGCAUCAACUGACGCGCGCAUCUACAUCUACAGCCAACAUCGUCCUUCGUACAUUGCGAGAAGGUUCAUGACUACUGUUGGUAGGAACUCGAGUUUUUUGAGUCUGAAUUUGAAGAACUCUACUCGUUUUUACGAAACUCGGCGCUUAAAAAACUUCCGAGUCUUUUAAGUCCCGAGGCGAGUCAUUUAUUGAGUCUUUUUUAAAAGAGCUCAAAAGGACUCGAGCCUCCGAAUAGAGACUCCGUCAACAAUUUCAUAGGUUUAACCUAAAUAAAAGUAAAGAAAUUUUGUUUUAUUGUAUUAUUUGUGUGCUAUAUAACUGACUUAUUACUUAAAGACAAAGUAUUUCGAAAAUUUGCAAACAAUAAAUUUGGAGUUCUCUGAAAAGACUCGAGUCUCUAACAAGUUGAAAAUAACUCGAGUUAA